GACGCAAGACCUGUACGGCAGCCAGUCAGACGGACACCAUUGGGCUUUCAAGGUGAAGAUGAAAGGCAUCUCAAGGACAUGUUGGAAGCUGGAGUAGUGGUACCAUCAUCUUCUGAGUGGGCUUCGCCAGUGGUACUCGUUCGUAAAAAAGAUGGGGGGGUGCGCUGGUGUGUGGAUUAUCGACGCCUAAAUGACCUCACUCUGAAGGAUGCUUAUCCACUGCCGAAGAUGGAGGAGUGUCUUGAUGUGCUGGGAGAGGCUACCAUCUUCUCUACCCUCGAUCUUCAGUGUGGGUACUGGCAGAUCUCUGUAGACCCAAAUGAUCGCUGUAAAACAGCAUUUAUCACCCGCUACGGCCUCUAUGAAUAUACCAGGAUGCCCUUUGGCCUGUGUAACGCACCUGGCACCUUUCAGAGAGCUAUGGAGCUUGUUUUGCGGGGGUUUCAGUGGAAGAUCCUCCUUAUCUACUUGGAUGACAUUAUUGUACUGGGCAGAGGUGUAGAACAAAACCUGCAACACUUGGCUGAUGUUUUUGAACGCCUUCAUAGCUAUGGUCUAAAGCUGAAGCCAAAAAAAUGUCAACUGCUAAGAGACAAAGUUCUCUUUCUUGGGCAUGUGGUCAGCGGAGAGGGAAUAAGUCCCAACCCAGAGCUGAUUAAGGAUGUACAGGAGUGGCAGCCUCCCACUAACACACAGCAGCUGCAAGCUUUUCUAGGACUAUGCAACUAUUACCGCCGGUUUGUAUCUGGUUUUGCAGAACUUGCUGCCCCUCUUAACAAUCUCCUGAAGAAAAAAGCUGAGUUCCAGUGGGGUGAGGCUCAGCAAAAAGCCUUCCUGCAACUUAAACAUGGACUGACUGUCGCACCUGUCCUGGCUUACCCAGCAGCUGAAGGUGACUACAUCCUGGACACUGAUGCUUCCAGUUAUAGCAUUGGUGCAGUGUUGUCACAGGUCCAGUGGGGGGAGGAAAGAGUCAUCUCAUAUGCGAGCAAUCACCUCACUCCUACACAGCAGAGAUAUUGUGUGACCAGAAGAGAGCUGUUGGCAAUUGUAAAAUACACAAGACAGUUUCGCCACUUUCUCCUGGGCAGAAAGUUCCUUCUUCGAACAGACCAUGGAAGCCUAGCUUGGCUCUUUCGCUUCAAACACCCUGAAGGACAACUGGCUCGAUGGCUUGAAGAACUAAGUCAGUAUGAUUUUGACAUCGAACACCGCUCUGGUCUGCAACACUCAAAUGCUGAUGCACUCUCAAGACAGGCUACAGAAGGGUCAACAAACUGUGACUGUUAUCAAGCGGGCAAGGAUGUAAUGGAGCUUCCCUGCAGAGGAUGUUCUCACUGUCAAAGACUGCACAAACAGUGGGCCAGAUUUGAAGAAGAUGUUGAUGAUGUUGUCCCACUCGUCAUAAGGCAUGUGACAGGGGAGGAAGUUGGAAGCAGCACACAGGAGCAGCACCAGGCCGAAGCUGAAACUGAAAUUCCCCAAAUAAACUGGAUGCAAACUCUUAGCAGCCAGCAGCUUUCAGCAGCACAGAAAGAGGACACUGUACUUUCCAUCCUACAUAGCUGGAAGGAAGCAGGGAGUCUUCCAACAAAGGAUGAAGUUGCAAUUGAGAGUCCAGCAGUUAGGAAGUACUGGCUCUGCUGGUUACAGAUAGAACUCCAUCAAGGGGUUCUAUAUUAUCGCUGGGAAAAUGUUGAUAGCUUAAAACCUUCCUUGCUGCUGUUGGUCCCUGCUUCAUUGCAAAUGGAGGUUAUGCAGGCCUGCCAUGACCCACCACUUUCAGGGCAUCUAGGUGAAACAAAGACCCUCCAACGUCUUAGGCAGAGCUUCCAUUGGUAUGGCAUGGGUAGUGACCUUCACAAAUACAUUCAACAAUGCCCCCAGUGCAAAGGCCUGAAGUCAAGCAGCCCCUCGAAGAAAGCUAAACUACAAAGUUAUCAGGCAGGAGCACCAAUGGACCGGUUGCACCUUGACAUAUUGGGCCCUUUUCCCAUCUCAAGUUCUGGAAAUAAGUAUAUUCUUGUCAUCAUGGAUCAGUUUACGAGGUGGGUUGAGGCUUUCCCAGUUCCAGAUCAAGGAGCAGAAACAACUGCCAGAAUGUUAGUCAAUAACUUCCUAGCUCGUUUUGGAGCCCCAUUAGAGCUCCAUACGGACCAAGGUCGCAACUUCGAAAGUGUGCUUUUCAAAAAGAUUUGUCAACUUUUUCAGAUCUCCAAGACUAGAACCACUCCAUACCAUCCUGCUUCAAACGGGCAAGUGGAACGAUUUAACCGCACCCUUCUGCAGAUGAUCCGCUGCUAUGUAGACCAAAAUCAGAAGAACUGGGACGAGCAUUUGCCUCUUCUAACAGCUGCAUAUCGCAGUGCACAGAACUCCAGCACCGGAUUCUCGCCAAAUAUGCUGAUGCUGGGGAGAGAAGUUCAUCAGCCACAAGAGCUCUGGCUUGGUCUUGCAGAACGAACGUGGAGCGAAAAGGACCCCCUGGCGUACGUUCAUGACCUUGAAAAGACCCUUGGCGAGGCUCAUGACAUGGCACGGCAGCAUCUACGUGGAGCUCAGCUCAGACAGAAGAGGACCCAUGAUCUGCGUGCCAAAGAAUGCAGUUACAACAUAGGGGAUCUGGUCUAUGUGAAGGACAAUACAAAGAAGCUGGGCUUUAGUCCCAAAUUGCAGCCCCCCUGGAAAGGCCCAUGUAUUAUUAAAGCCCAGCUCGGACCUGUACUAUAUGAGAUCUUAACACAACGUGGCAAAAAGGUCAUGCACCAUGAUCAGUUGAAGCCUUAUACAAGCGAUGUCAUACCAGCAUGGGUCAGACGACAAAGACAUGUGGUCCUCCCUCAGUGCCAAGAUGUAGUCCCAUUAGCCAAACGCAUGACCACUUCCCCUACACCGACAUCAGAUGACCCUGGAAGUGACAGCGAAAGCAAAGCUCUGGUUGGCCCUCCGAAACUGUUAAGGAAAAAGGGCAAGCGUCAGGUUGCAGCCCGUCGGAGAAGGUUGGCUGCACAACAUCGGCAGCAAGAUGAACCACAUACCUCUGGAUCAGAAGGAGACAAACAAGAACCCCGUAAUCAAAAGACUCUUAGGGGUCGAGAAGUACGGGCCCCUGCCCGCUAUCAAAAUGACUGGACUGAAUAA